GAUGAGGACGACGAAAAUGAUGAUGGUGAUAAUAAUGGCCCAAAAGAUCCCACUGUUGUGGAGCAGACCUUAGAACAUGAAAAUCUCGUGGAACCAGAACCAAGCACUUCAAAAACCGAUGAUCUCGAUGCAGUGAUUGCGCCAGAAAAGAGACCCGAGGAGCCAGUCGCCGUAAAACGUAUUUGCUUCACCUCAACAGCGGGGCAUGAUCGAGAUGCACUGUUAGCAAUGGCACUGGAACUUGGCGCUGAGAUUUGCGAACAAUUCGACGGAACAGUAACACUUUUGGUAUGUGGGGUUAUUGUGCGCAAUGAGAAAUUACUCAGCUCAAUUGCUCGAGGAAUUGCAGUUGUUGAUGUUGAUUAUGUGAAAGAUUCACACAGGGCAUCGAAAUGGCUUGAGGUGCGUGUUGGAAUUUUUCACGUUCUUUUGUUGUGUUUUUUCUCCCUCCGAAACUAUGCAUUUUAA